GUGUGUGUGUGUGUGUGUGUGUGUGUGUGUGUGUGUGUGUGUGUUACUACAUGAGCUGCUACGCACUUGGACAGACACAGACAGAUGCAGAGACACGAUGUGACAUUCGGCCACGCGUAAUUUGCGCUUCUGGAGAGCGGUGCGCACUGUAAACGCACCGCUGUGUGUAUGAUGAUUUGGCUGUUUCUGGACGCCUGAUGCUGUUUGGAAUGAGUCCAGGGAUGCUGCGGCUUGUCUGGCUGCCGGAGUGCCGCCGCGCAACGUGGGGCUGCGCCCUCCACAUCUGCUGAACGGCAGAGGCGCGGAUCGGGCGUUUCUGCGCGUUUUCCGACCUUAUGCUUUGACUCUCACGGGGGAAUUACCCGCUAUGGAUCACUCAGGGGACGUUUAAGCAUCUCCUGCCGUGGUAUCGCUCUCUGCUGGGACUGUGGGAGUGCAUGCUGUUCCUCCCUCUCAGCCUGCAAGAUGGGGAACAGUUUCUCCAAUUUGGCCGCCUUCCAGUCCUUGCACAUAGUCAUGCUCGGGCUGGACUCUGCGGGCAAAACCACCGUGCUGUACCGGCUGAAAUUCAACGAGUUCGUCAACACUGUGCCCACCAUCGGCUUCAACACGGAGAAGAUCCGGCUGGGCGGCGCGGGGGCCUCCAGGGGCAUCAGCUGCCACUUCUGGGACGUCGGGGGCCAGGAGAAGCUGCGGCCCCUGUGGAAGCCCUACAGCCGCUGCACCGACGGUAUCGUGUACGUGGUGGACUCCGUGGACGCCGAGAGGUUAGAGGAGGCCCGGACCGAGCUGCACAAGAUCACCCGGUUCUCUGAGAACCAGGGGACCCCGCUGCUGGUCAUCGCCAACAAGCAGGACCUGCCCCGGGCGCUGGAUGUUGGGGAGAUCGAGAGGCAGCUGGCCCUGGCCGAGCUGAGUCCCUCCACCCCGUACCACGUCCAGCCGGCCUGCGCCAUCAUAGGAGAGGGUCUGGAUGAGGGCAUGGACAAGCUGUAUGAGAUGAUAGUGAAGAGGAGGAAGUCUCUGAAGCAGAAGAAGAAGAGGCAGUGAUGCCAGAUUUUGGCUGGAUGAUGGAAAAAAAAGCUAUGAUAAAUCCCUGCUACUGAAAUAUUAUAGGAUGGAUUCUAUUUUUACAAUUAUACGUAGCAGAUAAAAAACACCAUGAGGCAUAAAUAUCAUUACUGACUACCACAGAAACAUUGAAAGUCUCCAUAUCUGAUGGGAAAAUAUAUACAGUGAUGCCACAUGAGCUAGAAAUACAAGUAUUGUCUCUAUAACUCAUUAGCAUCCAUAUGCUCCUGUACGAAUGUUAUAGAGGGAAAUGCCUGAACUUCAUUUACCAACAUCUUUAUUUGCAGAAAACAACUAGAUGAUCUCACGCCAUAAUCAUGAAUAAUAUAAAUUCACAAAAUAAUCAUAAUAAUCUCAAAUUUAAGGGAAAUAUUGACGGGUUGCCUUGAUAAAUGACUGUUUUAACCCUCUUUACAGGGAGAGUGUCUCUAUAAACUGUGGCACUCCCCCUAUAAGUCCCUGAUGUAUUAUUAUUAUUAUUAUUAUUAUUAUUAUUAGGACUGCUUCAUGAGCGAUGUGUACAUGAUAGCGGAGAUGUUUUAUAAAGUGUAUGGAUCUACUGGCAGAGCUCCCCGUUGCUGCCGGGUUGUGCUGUGCACAGAUGUGAGACUGUUGUAAAUGUGAUUAGGGAUGCACUGAUGAUUUAGAGCCGUGAGACGGUGUUACACCAAAGAUGACUCCCCUGAGAAGACACACAGAACUCCCUGCCACGUGUUUAAGCUCAGUUAACUAAUAAGGUCACUGUGGUUUCACCUUUUUACAGGAAUAUUUUUUAAAAUCCAGCUUGUAGUGUUGAAGCUCUACGAAGCAGAUUGGUCAUGGAUGAUUUAAAAAGGGCUCAGUGUUCAUUCCUCAGAGGUUAAGCUAAAUCUUCAUGUGUUAUAUGUUGCAUUUGACAGAAUUAUAUAAGACACCAAUCCUCUUUUUAAAGACGCAAGCAAUUUCAGAAGGAAAUUAGCAAAUUGGCAGUGGUUUAAGAAAAUGAAAUUUACCCACUGACCCCCUCUUUUUUGCAUUUUGAAAUCAUUUUCUGAGUGGUGUGUCUUUCCCAGAGAAACCUUCUUUGAUUACACCUCCCCCGGAGAGCUCCAGCUCUGUGAACAGCUGAUUCUGUCUCUUCAGAACUCAGCAGAUGUCUGCUUGAGACUAGAAACUGACCGUUUUAUCGUUGCAUCAUCUGAUUUGUUUUGACUCUUCUCACAUUUUCUGGUCUUGGUUUCAGUUUGUACCCUCCUUUCUUCCAUGAAAAAUAACCAGUUGCUAACAUAAGUUGCCAUGUGUUUGUUUACAGCUGGAUAUAUUUGCUGCAGAGAGUUAGGACCUACAAAUCAUCUCCAGCUGCACUGUUUUGAUGCCAAAUACUUGUGAGCACAUAAACCAUUUUCCAGUGGCUGGAAAAAAAAAGCUAUAUUUCUUGCGCAUUGCUUUUUAGGGUCAGGGAUACAAAAACACUGAUACAUGCUAACAAUGUCUUUGUCUUGGUUCAUCAAAAAGGGUUCAAAUAUGUUUAAAAUAUACAACAUAUCAGACUUUUGUUAGCGAUAGAAUGACAAAGCCUUGGACUUCUUUUCACCAUUGUCCCUGGUGUUACAGGUCCACCGACUAAAGUAAUUGUUUUUAGUAAUCCAUUAAUCAUUUAGACUAUUAAUUGCCCAGAAAUAGUCCAAAAUUCCCAGAAUAAUUUUGCAGGGUGACCUCUUCAGACUCAAUUUUCUGUCAAACUAACAGUUCAAAAUUGUUGUUUGACUCUUGUGCUUGAUGAAUAACCUAAUGAUUUAUCAGUUGUCAAAAUAGUUGUCAAAUAAUCACUUCAACCCUAUUUACUUUUUCAUACACAUCUUUCGUAUGCCUGAUAAUUCAGUGUUUUAUUUAAGCCACUAAGCAAAAUCAUGGUCACUGAUCAAGUGCCAACAACCAUUAUGCAUUCAGCAUGAGAUGAAAAAUGUGUCUGAUAUAUUUUCUUUUCCUCUGACGAGUUAUAAAGAUACAGUGGACAGUCGUCGACAUAGAGUGAGCGAUUUUGCAUGCAGCAACCAAACAAAUGAGUUAUUUACAACCCUCCUUUCCAGUUUGAGGUGCAAUCUAAAGUGAAUGUUUGAAAUUAGGCCAAAGCUACUUUUUGUUUAGGUUAAUGGAGUCCAUAUAUAGGCUACAUCAUUUCAGUUGAUCAGGAACGAUUUAUUGAUUUCAGUCUCACUUUCUUUUUCUUUUAUGCACCUUUUCCACAACGAUUCACUGUUUAUAUCAUCUGCCAAUUAAGUUAGCCUUAAAAAUAUGUCUGAAAACUUAUAACAACACACUAUGUAGUUGUCAGCAUAGAGUAAGAGAUUUGAGCUGCAGCCAGGACUAAAAUCAGAUUCUGUCUGACGUCAUACAAUCGAUUUUAAAAUGUCAGUAUUCUUACUGUUCCGAAGAAGAAAUGUUUUGUGCAUCAGAUGUUUAUCAGAGUUGUAGAGAAAGUGAGUGUUAUGAGUGCAUCCCACACUGUGUCGACCUGCUGGCAGUGGCAGGACAGAGACGUGGAGCAAAGUGUCUUCCUGUAAUGAUAAUGUAGUGAAACAAACCAACAGGCUGGAACCUGUUCAGCUGCUCCUAAAAAUGACUUUUCCUCUUCUUGAAUGAUACUUAAUCAUAAACUUUUCCUGCAGUUGAAUGAUGAUAAACCAAAACAUGCUAUGUAUGAGAGGUUUUAAAAAAAAAUCUAAUUCAGACCAGACAACAACAGUGUUAGCAUUAAGCUCCACCUAUUUUAGUACACAAACUGACAUAACUGACUGCUUGCAGAAUAGCUUGUAAGAAGUCACUGAGGUUAGCAGGACUGGACUGUUGAAUGUCUCAAACGAACUGUUGUCUUAUGCCGCGUUCACGUCAAAACAGAAGAAGAAACUGGACGAAAUCUUAUUGCUGCAGCUUGAUGUCCACAAAAUAAUAAACCUAUUCAUUUUAAACCAUAAACUGCAUCAUCUUAUUCUAUUUCUUUAAGUAGAGUUGAUUGUGUUUGAAGGUAACUUGAUCGUUAUUUAAUAUCUUGGAAUGCUACAAAGAUUCCCACAUGAGAUACUUAUAAGUGCCACCAGGGGGCAGACUUGAAUGUUAUUUUUUCGCAGUCAGAAUAUCAUAUGCUUGACAAAAAGACGACGUGAACGUGGCAUCCUUCUCCAGUGAUCAGUCCAGCUGUGUUCAACAUUGCAUGACAGCCACUACUUCAAACAAUGUAAAUGAUACAGUAUAGUGUUACAGCCAAGAUACAGCAAGACCAAACGAUGUAUUACAUGCCAAAAUGGAGAAAAGAAAAAAGUAUUUUUGGGAUUAAACUCUUUGUAAAUGAAA